GCAACUUGGCUGUCAUUGGCUACACGUUUCCUUGGAGACAGACACCAGCCAUCCAAACACAGAUCUGAGCUUCAGGAAAGAGAAUCUUCCUUCCCACCUCUGGGCUCCCUAGCAUGGAAGAACUGUUCAACUCCCGAAACCAGGCCUUCUGGGAAGAGCGAAUAAAGAAGGAGGUGGUUGCUCGGACCACCUGGAAUAUCCGCUAUGGCCACAAGUACCUGAAAGAGGGGUCCAAGACCAGGAAGCAGUCCCGGCAGGCCCCUUGUGGGUCAGUGUUAAAAGCAGGCCCAGUGCCUGCCACUGGCUCCCCUGUCAGAAAAGAGGCACAGGCUGGAUGGCUAGAGACCAAGGGAGUCCAGGACCAGCUGUUCAAGGCUGGAGGUGUCCAGGGAGACAUAGUGAGGCAGGCCAGGGGAGCCCAAGGUAGGCCAGAGGACUUAGAAAUGAGGCACCCCAGCCCAGCCACUCUGAAUCUGCUCUUCCAAGGCAUCUCCCAUGAUGGCCAGGGCCGGACCCUGUACCUCAAGGAGCGGAAUCGACUGAUGCCAGAGGAGAAGUACAAGUAUCCAAUCGUGUCUUCCUGGGAGUAUGGCUGGCAUGUGGGAGAUGCCAUGAAGAACUACAGGACUCCAGCUCAUGCCAAAACUCAUCCCAUCACAGAUUCAUUUUACAUCAAAAAUGGCAUUUUCCAUAUUCCACGGCGAUCAGACGACCUCAUGUGAACUUGGCUUGGAAAGGGCCUCAGUGGCUCCUUUUCCCUAUGAUCCAUCUGGACUAGCCAGGUGGGCCAGCCCUACCUCACUCCGUGUUCUGCUGAGCCCUGCUUCCUUGGCUGAGAGUGACGUGAAGAAGUGAUCACAGGCUUAUACCUCUGGGGUGUACUGUUGGCCUAUGUUGGGGCUCCUGUCUACACACAGAGAACUCCACUCCUUACACAGCUGCCCCACCCUGCAUCACUAGCAAUGCUGUUCCUUCUCCUGGGGAAGACAAUGAGAUGCAAGGCUGCAUCAGCAGGCCUGGACGGGGAGGAAUUUGCUUAGCCCACAAGGUGCUAAAGAGAGCAAUGAUCUCCUAUUGUUUAUUUCUCUACAUUUGACUGAUGGGAUCUAUAGCAGAGUUGCUCUGUCCCAGUGUAUCCUACAGCUCAGGGAAGGACUUGUCAUUUCCUCUGGCUGCUUCCCUCACUCCUGCAUCAGUCAGAGAUGCCUUGCCUCACACACUGCAACAAUCGGUCCCUAAGUUCCAACUAUUUAAACAAAUAAAGAUAUAUUUCUUUUUUUUUUC